AUGGAAGGGUACGGCAGCAACAGCAGAUAUGAUCCUCUAAAUGAUAUCAACAAGAAAAAUGACGCCACAGAUGUUGGUAUUUCCAGCUCUCGCAGCUCACAUGAUGUCGACUGGAGCGAUGCCGGCCGUGGCGGUCAAGGAAAGGUGCCCAAAGGUGGCGGUCACAACAUUAGGAGAAAUACCAUUAUAGGAAAGGGUUUCACAACUUUAGAAAUGGCACUGAAGAUGACGGCCACAGGAACAACUAUAUUAGUGAAAAUGAAAUUAGGGCACGCAAUUGAGCCUCAAACGUUGGGAUGUCCAACUUUCACAACCAGGAUGGUGAAGGCCGCGGUGAAGGAAAGAAACCCAAAAGUGUCGUGGGUCACAACAUUUGUAUCAACAAAAUUAGUGCAGAUACUUCAACGAACGUGGGAUUGCACGACUUUGGCAACAUCAAACAGAACUGCAAGACUACUAGUACUAAAGAUCAUCAUCGUUUGGGGGAAAAUAUUUUCAAAAGUUCGCAUAAAGCAACUGAAGCACGCGAUUCUCAAUGGAAGAGUUUCCGGGCCCUACAUCCAAAAACGUGCCGGAGCUAGUUCUAAAUGUGUAUACUAG